UAUGUAUUAUAUAUAGAUACGCAUGGAAGAAAUUAAUGAGUACGUGGAAAGCAACAAAAUUAAACAGAUACAAAAAUUCAAGGUGUGUACUGUCUUAAUUUCUUUGGAUGCAAAGAUGGUUUCAUCUUCUCCUCCUCCACCUGCUCCAAAGGAAGUCCCGUCUGAUGAAAAUGAAAAAUGGGUGGAAGAUGGAGCCGUUCGCGAAGCCAAAUGGUGGUAUUCAACUUUUCACACAGUCACAGCCAUGGUUGGUGCUGGAGUUCUCAGCUUGCCUUAUGCCAUGGCCUACUUAGGAUGGGGUCCAGGGACAAUGGUGAUGGUUUUAUCUUGGUGCAUCACCUUGAAUACAAUGUGGCAGAUGAUACAGCUCCACGAAUGCGUGCCCGGGGUUCGGUUUGAUCGCUACUACGAGCUGGGGCGGCAUGCCUUUGGGCCGAAGCUGGGGCCUUGGAUAGUGCUGCCACAGCAGCUGAUAGUUCAGGUUGGGUGUGACAUUGUGUACAUGGUCACUGGGGGGAAGUGUCUGAAGAAGUUCUUGGAGAUGGCUUGUACCAAUUGCACCAGACUAAAGCAAUCCUACUGGAUUUGCAUCUUUGGUGGCAUCCAUUUCUUCCUGUCUCAGCUCCCCAAUUUUAACUCUGUUUCUGGGGUGUCCUUAGCAGCAGCAAUCAUGUCACUAAGUUACUCAACCAUAGCAUGGGCGGGUUGCUUGAGUAAGGGUCAGGUUGAAAACGUGAGCUACGCGUACAAGGAAAGCAGUGGAGCAGACUACAUAUUUCGCGUAUUCAACGCCUUGGGUCAGAUUUCAUUUGCAUAUGCAGGCCAUGCUGUGGUCCUGGAAAUUCAGGCCACCAUUCCAUCCACCCCUGAGAAGCCCUCAAAAGUGGCAAUGUGGAAAGGUGCACUUGGGGCCUAUUUUAUCAAUGCAAUAUGCUAUUUUCCGGUGGCUUUUAUCGGAUAUUGGGCAUUCGGCCAAGAUGUUGCUGACAAUGUGUUGGUGGCACUCAAGAAACCUUCAUGGCUCAUUGCCUCUGCUAACUUAAUGGUGGUCAUCCAUGUCAUUGGCAGCUUUCAGGUUUAUGCAAUGCCAGUGUUUGACAUGCUCGAGAAGACAAUGGUGAAAAGAUUGAAGUUUCCACCAGGAAUUGCACUCAGACUAAUUGUUCGUUCUACUUAUGUUGCCUUCACGCUGUUCGUUGGUGUCACCUUCCCUUUCUUUGGUGAUCUUCUUGGUUUCUUUGGGGGAUUUGGUUUCGCGCCAACUUCAUAUUUUCUCCCAAGUAUUAUAUGGCUGAAAAUUAAGAAACCAAGGAGAUUCAGCAUCUCAUGGCUUAUCAAUUGGGCUUGCAUCUUCAUUGGACUGUUCAUUAUGUUGGCCUCCACAAUUGGAGGGUUGCGGAAUAUAAUUGCUGAUUCCUCCACCUAUGAGUUCUACUCUUAAACACUAAUCAAUGAUCAUUAAUGUUAAAGCGAAAUAUAUGUAUACAAUUAUAUAUAUCUAUAUGUAUAUGAGAUUGAGUUUGCUGGACUCAUUUCUCUAUGUUUUUCUUUGUGUCUUUGUAAUUUGUAGCAAGCAAUCUUCCAAAUGGAGUGUAUCAUUACAUUGUUGGUAUCUGGCCUCUGUUAUAGACUACAACUAUGUUUGGAUGUGAAUCGUCCAAUCAGGAAAAUCAAAUCAAACACCCAUUAUAUUUGUACCAAAGAAUAAUAAUAAUAAUAAUAAUAUGGGUAAAUUAC